CAUUUAGUAUUUACUAUAUUAUAAUUAUUAAUACUAUAUCCUAAAUCGUAAUUACUGAUCACUAAUACCUAAUUAUUAUUAUUUAUUUUGUUAAUAAAAUAAAAAUUUUGAGUUCAGACAAUCAAUGGUUAUUUUUUAAAUUAUUUAAGUGCUACUUGCAUAGUCAAUCAUUACCUAUUGCUAAUAACUGAUGAUCAAUUGCUGUUAACUAAAAUAAAUAAUUUAUGACCAUUAAUAUUAUUUUACCUGUCAGAUAGUUUACAUUAUAAUGGAUGAACAAUUCAAUAAUACCGCUAUAUCCGAUUCAAAAUCUUUGGAAGCAACAGAAUUUUAUUUUGAAACAGACUUUUAUUUAUUAAAAAAUAAUCAAGAUUAUAAAAAUUUACUGAAAUCUUUGGCUAUACUGGAAGUACAAAGAUGUACAACAAUUCAAAAUAUUGAAAAACUAGCUGUAUUAAAAGAUAAUUUAUCUAAAAAUCCUUCUUUGGCAUUGAAAAAAAUUCUCAAACGUGAUGAAAUAACUACAUUAAAAUCAGUUAAUAUUCAAACGUUGCCAAAUAUUGACUGGUCAGUGUAUAUAACUAAUGAUGAAACGGAAAAUGAACGAAUUAAACAAGUAUGUGAUAUUAAUUUACGACAUAAAAAUGUCUCUGAUAAACAAGAACCACCGACAAACAAUACAAGUUCAGAGAUGGAAAAACCAGAAACAUUUAAAAAACCUUGGACAGUUGAAGAACAAUUGCGUCUUGAAGAACUUUUAAUUGAAUUUCCACCUGAAAGAAAUGAAAGUAACAGGUAUAGAAAAAUAGCUGAUGCUUUGGGUACAAGAAACUUAAGACAAGUUUGUAGUAGAGUUCAAAAGUAUAAUAUGAAAAUGAAAAAAGUUGGUUCGAUUAAAACCAUUAAUGCAAAUUCAAAAAAUUUAAAUAAAAAAACUGUAUCAUUAAGUCAUAAAAAUAUUGGUGCAUUAUUAAAACCAACCACAUUUAUACCAUCUACAACAUUAAUAGAUGAUGUUGAUGUUUAUAAUGCCAAUCGAAAUAACUUCAAUGUAAGUCACAAAAAUAUUGAAAUGCCUAAUAAGACAAAAUUAGAAAUCUUAAGUGAAGUAUUAAAAGACAAACUAACCGAAAAAAAUAAUCCUAUUGUUCAUGUUGAUUUUACGUGUUGCGUAUGUCAGUCAUCUCCUAUUGUUGGAACAAGAUGGAAUUGUAAUGACUGUCCAGCCAUUGGUAAAAGCUCUAACUUUUGCAGUGAUUGUAUAGUUGACACAGUUCGAAACAUUCUUGAAACCCCUCCACAUCCUAUGGAUCACAUAGUAACUCCUAUUAGAACUGUUCAGGAAAAUGAUGACAAUGUUGAUAAUAUUAUUGAUCAAAAUUACGUUCCAUUAGUAUUUAAAACUCAAAACUACUUGGAUCCAAAUUUUAUGGUAUAGAAUAACUUAAUAUUUAUUUUUCUAAUAAGCUUUUAAUAUAUCCAAUAGUUUCAUAAUCAGUAAUUGUAAUUUAGUCUAUAGAAAUUAAAUAGUGUUAAGGGCUGUUCUUACAAUGUUCGUUUAAGUGUCAGUUAAUACUAACCGGUUGAAUUCUAUCAGUUAACUCAUGAUAAAUUCUUCCGGUUAGCAUUAUCAAGCCUUAACCGAACAUUGUAAGAACGGCCCUAAGUGUUAUUAUGAUCAACACUAGAAUAAUUUUUAUUUUAGUAUGUAAGAAUUAAUAGUAACUUAUUAUUAUACAAUUUUAUCCAAAAAUAAAUAUUUAAAAUUUGUGUGUUUUUUAUAUUCUAGUCCCUAAAUUAUGGGCCUAGAUUAAUGGUUAUAAAUAUUCUGUGGAACA